AUGAUCUCAACUCGCUCUACUCUACGUGUCUUUUCCUCCUCUUCCAUAAAUCGCGUACCACUUUUUAUUGAUGGAAAAUUUGUCCAGUCAAAAACAACGAAAUGGAUUGAUUUAUAUAAUCCAGCAACGAAUAAAGUGAUUUGUCAAGUACCUGAAGCUACACAAGAUGAGAUGAGGCAAGCAACAGACGCAGCUGCACGUGCUUACAAGACAUGGAAAGAAGUAGGUGUACAACAUCGUCAACGCGUGAUGUUAAAGCUGCAGCAUUUAAUUCGUCAACAUAUGGAAGAAAUAGCACUCGCUAUUACGCAUGAACAAGGAAAAACACUUGCUGAUGCUCGUGGCGAUGUCUUUCGUGGAUUAGAAGUUGUUGAACACACGUGUGGUGCUGCGACGCUCAUGAUGGGCGAGACAGCUGAGAAUCUAGCCACGUCAUUGGAUACGUAUUCGUACAAACAACCACUUGGUGUAUGUGCUGGUAUCUGCCCUUUUAACUUUCCAGCUAUGAUCCCACUCUGGAUGUUCCCCACUGGUACAGUGACUGGAAAUACAUAUAUGCUCAAACCAUCCGAGAAGGACCCUGGUGCCACGAUGAUUCUUGCCCGUCUGGCCCAAGAAGCAGGACUCCCAGACGGUGUACUCAAUAUUAUACACGGUGCUCAUGAUACUGUCAACUUCAUCUGCGAUGCGCCUGAGAUCAAGGCCAUUUCGUUUGUCGGCGGAAACCAAGCAGGCGAAUACAUCCAUUCACGUGGCAGUGCCAACGGUAAGCGUGUGCAAGCCAACCUAGGUGCCAAAAACCAUGCUGUCAUCAUGCCUGAUUGCGAUAAGGAGCAGGCGGUUGGUGCUCUUGCUGGGGCUGCUUUCGGGGCUGCUGGUCAACGCUGCAUGGCUCUCUCGGUCGUAAUCUUUGUCGGCAAGUCUAAGGAGUGGGUUCAUGACAUCGUGAAGAAGGCCAAAGAAAUGAAGGUGAACGGCGGCCUCGAGCCUGACACUGACGUGGGUCCGCUCAUCACGGUAGCAGCAAAGGAGCGUGCAGAGCGUUUGAUUCAAGAAGGUGUUGACAACGGCGCGGAUCUUCUUCUGGACGGACGCAAUGUAAAGGUUCCGAAGUACCCCAACGGAAACUUUAUUGGCCCUACGGUGUUGAACAAUGUCAAUGCUGAUAAUCCAGCAUACAAGGAAGAGAUCUUUGCUCCCGUGUUAGUCUGCACUUCAGUGGAUACGCUGGAAGAAGCAAUCGAGCUGAUUAAUCGCAACCCGUACGGCAACGGUACCUCUAUUUUCACUUCUUCGGGUGCUGCUGCUCGCAAGUUCCAGCAUGAAAUUGAUGUGGGUCAGGUCGGUAUCAACGUGCCAAUUCCUGUCCCUCUGCCUAUGUUUUCUUUCACCGGGUCGCGUGGAUCGAUUCGCGGUGAUCUAAAUUUCUACGGCAAGGCGGGCAUCAACUUCUACACGCAGAUUAAGACGGUGACAUCGCUGUGGGACUACAACGAGAAGACGCGCUACAGCGCUGUGAUGCCAACGCUCGGUCAGAAGUAA